AUGGCUAAUGAUCCAGAAUACACAUCAAUUGCUGAUGUGAUUCAGAAAGGCCUCAAGAAUGUGGAGAAGUACUAUGAAAAAACCAGCGACUCAGAUGUUUAUUUCAUCUGUCUGGUUCUGGACCCUAACUUCAAGUUAGCAUAUGUUGAAACCUAUUGGACUGGUGUGAAGGUCACAAGUGGGAGAGCUCAUUUUCAAGCUGUGGCUCCUCCACUGCCAUGUGCUACACAACAGGCUGCUGUGCCACCAAAAGCAUCACAGGUCAUUUGGUAUGGCUAA